UAUUGUUUCAGUCAACAGCGGACGUAGAUAGGAUCUUUUCCACAAUUUAAACGCAAAAACAGAGAUUAAACCCGUAUACUUUAUAAAAACAGAUUAAAUUCCAGUUAAAUUCGGAGGCUAAUGUAAACGAAAACGUGACAGUUACUUCAGUCGCCAACGUUAAAACGAAGGAAACGUGUUCUUCGAAGUGCUCCCACGGAUGAAAUUGGUACUCUUGGGGAAACAUCAGUGAUUUUUUUUCUCAAAAAGGAAGAAAUGUUUUAUGGACUUAAACGUUUUGUGGAAGAUGACAGCUAACGUGGACUAACGUCUCCUCAUGAACACCUGCUCAGUGUUGACAUUUUUGACAUUGCAUCCUUGUGGUGUUUUAGGCUAACACCUCACUGAAGACUUGCUGAUGUUUGCUAGCUCUGUAUGCUACUGCAACUUGAAUAGUUUAGAUAUAGUAAAUAUUUAGUUUCAGACAAGCUAAGCUUUUGUUAUAUGAUUGAUAUCAUGUUUGCAUUGAGCUACUAUGGGUAGCAGCUAUGACGCUAGGUGUAGCCUCAGUGUUAUGUCACUGUCAGGCUAACGGAGUGGUCGGUGUCUGCAGCUCCAGUGUUUGCAUGGUGAUGUCCACCCAGCUUGGCAUCAUGUAGACAGUCCGUAUGACCAGCUUAGUUUUCUGGGCAUGUGUGUGUUUAGAGGGCGUCCUUGGGGUAUGAUGCAAAGCUGGAUUGCAGCUAUUCAACUGGGUCAAAGACGGACAGCUGGCACUGAUUCAUUUUUAGCUCAGGAUUGUUGCUAGUCAUGCUCCAAGCCGUCUGAUCUGUAAAUAUUGCAAACAUCCCAGCCAACUUGGAGGACAUGUGAACGCAUCAUGACCCGGCUGCAUCUCUUUUAUUUACCAUAAAACACAUCAGAGCAAAACAAAUUAAAGUAAUCCUGCAGUAAGGGGAGCAACGGGACUGAGUGGAUAUUUUUCUGAAAAGAAGAUCAACAUAAAGGCUUCUCGCCAGUGGACCCAUCACAAUGGAAACUGUGGGAGACUUUGAGUACAGCAGAAAGGACCUGGUGGGACAUGGGGCCUUUGCUGUGGUGUUCAAAGGAAGACACAGGAAGAAAACUGACUGGGAGGUGGCCAUUAAGAGCAUCAAUAAGAAGAACUUGUCAAAGUCCCAGAUCCUCCUUGGCAAGGAAAUUAAGAUCCUGAAGGAGCUGCAGCAUGAAAACAUCGUGGCGCUUUACGACGUUCAGGAAACUCCCAACUCUGUUUUCCUGGUCAUGGAAUACUGCAACGGAGGUGAUCUGGCCGACUAUUUACAAGCUAAAGGGACAUUAAGAGAGGACACGCUGAGGGUUUUCCUCCAGCAGAUCGCUGCAGCCAUGCGCGUUCUGAACAGCAAAGGAAUCAUCCACCGCGACCUCAAACCACAGAACAUCCUGCUGUCGUACGUGGGCCGCAAGAAGUCCAACAUCAGUGGCAUCCGCAUCAAAAUUGCUGACUUCGGCUUCGCGAGAUACCUCCAGAGCAACAUGAUGGCCGCCACGCUGUGUGGGUCCCCGAUGUACAUGGCCCCAGAGGUCAUUAUGUCCCAGAACUAUGACGCCAAGGCCGACCUGUGGAGCGUAGGAACCGUCAUCUAUCAGUGUCUGGUUGGAAAGCCGCCAUUCCAGGCCAACAGUCCCCAAGAUUUGCGAAUGUUUUACGAGAAGAACAAGAAUCUCCAGCCCCUAAUCCCGAGGGAGACGUCCUCACAGCUUAGUGACCUUUUGCUUGGGUUGCUGCAGAGAAACCAGAAAGACAGAAUGGAGUUUGAGACAUUUUUCAGCCAUCCUUUCCUGGAGCCGUUGUCCACCAUUAAAAAAUCAUGUCCGGUGCCGGUUCCCAGCGCCUCCAACGCCGUGACGGACAGCUCCUGUGGCAGCUCCCCAUGCAUCCGCUACAGCUCCCCCCCUUCUCUUCCUGACAUGCAGACUCUAGCUGAAGAUGGUCUGUCAUCCCCUCCGCUCGGCCCACCUAACUUCCUGCAGCUGUCCAAAGAGUCUGCAGGAAGCACCAGUAGUAAGAACUCCUCCUGCGACACUGACGACUUCGUCCUGGUGCCUCACAUCUCUGCUGACAGCUAUGACCAACCAGUGGCAGCCGGUCGGCGGCCGUCCAACGAGUUCCUUAUGUGUGGAGGGCAGCCUCAGCCUACGCAGGGACAGACUCUGAUGGUGUCGCCUAGGGCUGAGACCACCCCCAUCCCUGUUCCCACCCAGGUUCGCAACUACCAGCGCAUCAAGCAGAACCUCUCCAGCAGCCCGACCACCACGCUCUGCAGCUCCCCCAGGUCUGGAACAGUAAGGCGUUCCAACACCAGUCCCAUGGGGUUUCCAAAGGUGGGCUCAGGAUCUCCAAGCUCCGCGGACACCCCCCAAACGGUGAGCCGGCGCCUCUCUACGGGGAGCUCUCGACCCUACUCGCCCUCACCUCUCGUGGGCACCAUCCCUGAGCAGCUGGGUCACUGCUGCUGUCACAUGCAGAACCAGGAGUCUCGCAGCCGAAGCGCCUCAGGAGGUUCCCCCGUGCCAUCCUCCCAGCUCCUGGGGGCUCGGCUCCAGAGCGCUCCCACCCUGACCGAGUUCUAUCAGACGAGGCAGAAGCUCCACAAGCAGCUGUCAGACCCUGUCCAGCCUUCCUCCUCUUCUUCCGCUUGCAGUCACUCCCCUCAGCUCGGCCGUCCAGCCAAUCUUGGCUCCUCCCCCACCAAGCUGCUGGGCUCCUCCCCCCGGACUUCCGACUGGUUGCAGAAGUCGCCGCUGCCCACCAUCAUCGGUUCCCCCACAAAGCCGAUUUCGGCUCCAUUCAAGAUCCCCAAAACACAGGCGUCCUGUAAUUUGAUGGCACUGGCUGACAGUCCCCUUCCUACGAAGACACUGGCGGACACCAGAGAUGUCUGCAGCCACCACAGCAACCUGUACCUCGCUGGACGUGCCGCCGCCCCGGAGGGCAGCAGAACCUUUGGCAGGUCUGUCAGCACAGGUCGUCUGUCUGAACAACCAAUCAGAAUCACUCUGGGAGGACAAGCCUACCAGGGCAGCACUGACAGCCUGAACGCUGAGCGACCCAUGGACACAGCCCCCAGCAUGCUGACUCAGGGUGGGUCUGCCAGUCCCCGUGCUGUCCUGUUCACCGUGGGCUCACCACCCAGCAGCAGCACUCCGCCUACCUGCAGCCACCUGGGCACCAGACCACGCACCACCUCAGUGGGCUCCAACAGCUCAGCCGGCUCUUUGUGCUCCACCAGUGGUCAGGUUUAUGUUGGAUCUCCCCCUGGCAUGGCCAUCGGCUCCUCUCCUCCUGGAAGUUUUGGUGCCGGGCAGGUUGUUGCUGGGGCAGAGGGGGGACCCUGCAGCCUGCGUUACGUCCCCUAUGGGACCUCUCCUCCCAGCCUGGAAGGAUUCAUCACCUUUGAAGCACCAGAGUUGCCUGAGGAGACCCUGAUGGAGCGUGAGCACACAGACACCCUGAUGCAUCUCAGAAUGAUGCUUUCAUUCACUGACUGCGUCCUGGAGAUGGCGGCCGUCCGAGCCGGGGGUGCAGAGCUCGGCGUGUCGGCGGCCUCUCUCUACCCUCCCCAGGACAGCGUGGUUGUAGAUCAGAUCAGCCAGCUCAGCAAAGAGUGGGGGCAGGUGGAACAGUUGGUGCUCUACAUGAAGGCUGCUCAACUCCUCGCCUCCUCCCUUCAUCUCGCCAAGGCUCAGAUUAAAUCUGCCAAGCUCAACCCCUCCACUGCUGUCAAACAGGUGGUGAAGAACCUGAAUGAGCGCUACAAGAACUGCAUCUCCCUCUGCCGGCGGCUGACUGACAAACUCAACCACUUCUUCUCUGACAAGCAGCGCUUCGUGGAUGAGAUUAACAGCGUCACAGCAGAGAAGCUCAUCUACAAUCACGCAGUGGAGAUGGUUCAGUCAGCAGCUCUGGAUGAGAUGUUCAAACAAACAGAGGACAUAGCCUACCGCUACAGUAAGGCCUCCAUGCUGCUGGACGGCCUGUCCAAGAUCCUACAGGACCCCACCGACGUCGAGAACGUGGUUAAAUAUAAGGCCAGUGUGGACCGCAGAAUUUCAGCUCUGUGUUACUGUACCGUCACUCUGUACGAGUAGCAGGCUGGACCUGAACGCAACACAGAGGGACCACAUCCUGAAACUUUUGGACAACUGUCCUUGAACGCCUCGUUCCCUUUCGUAGCAGUUGGAGCACUUUUCAUUGAUUAGCUUAAUCUGUAAUUAUCAUCAGUUAGUUUUACCAGCUGCAUUGUGGACUGAGCUGUGAUCCAUGCACACAUUUACAACCAAAGACGACAGAUCUAGAAGAAAAAGUCUGAAACAUCAAAACAUGCACUUUAAGGUGCAGAAAUGUUCUGAAUAUUGUUUGUUUUUACUGGAAGAAAAGGAGGAAUCACAGGACUGUGAGACAGUGUUGUGGACUCUAAAUAGACUGCAGUUUUGAAUGAAGAAGCUUAACCUUUUUAAAAUUCUAUCAGUGGUUAUUUACUCUGUUUAAUUAGUUAUUGUGCUUAUUUAUUGGUUUAAACGAACAUGGAGUCUCCUGCCUGUCUUGAAAUCCUCAAGUAUUGGAGUGAAUGGAAAAGGAAGCGAGUGAACAGAAGGCUCACAGCCACACUGGAACAGAUCCACCUCAGAGAUUACAUGGACUGCAGCAGAAAUCCCGUUUUCCUGUUACAGAACGAGGCAGCCGCCAGAACAACGGAUCCUGGAGACGAGUCGUUGCUUUAUUUUUAUUUUUCUUGUUAGCUCAAGCACUUUAUUGAGAAAUGAGAGGAGACUCGCAUGUAAGAAGAAAUGAAAUGCAAAGAAAGGUUUGUAACAACCAAUAAUCCAACUUUUUUCACACAGUAAUGAGUUAUUAGACUGUUUAGUUAAUUGGCUUAGCAUGAAAAUAAAUUCUUGGAAAAUAUAAUAACCAAAGCUGAUAAUGCAAUACAUCAGUGAAAAAUUAUUUCAUUAUUGGCUAUUACAUUAAAAGUGACCAAAAUUAUAACCUAACCUGCCAUUAUUGUGUUUGAAAUGUUAUAAGGUUAUUGGCCAUUAUUACCUUAAAAAUGAUGAAAAUUAUUACAUUAUUGGCUUUUACCUUUAAGAGUGGCCCAAACUUUACUUUAUUGGCCAUUAUUACAUUGUUGGUUGCUGCAAGUUUUUAUCAUUCCUGCUCUCCACGAACCUUCUCUGUGUGCAUGAUCAACAAGUCGACAUGCGUGCAUACAUGUAAGGCAGCGUGCUAGCAUGUAGCAUGCAAUGAAACGGGUGAUACAGACAGAAGUUCUUUAGGAUAGUUCAUCUUUAGAGGAAGGCAUUUUGCCGUGGUUGUGACUUGUGGAUCAUGUUUGAUCCAGCAAGGAUGGGUGAAGCUGGCGUGCUAGCGGCUAACGGCUCAAUCAGAGCACGCAGCGCUGAAUCAGGAAUCCACCGUAAACCUGAUGAAGUCAAACUGAACGGUCAGAUUAGUUGACCAGUUACGGUAAUAAUAAGUUUCAUCGUACUAAAAACUACGGCUUUUUAUGUUGACUCUGUAGCUACUUUUUUAAGACAAAACUUGAUGUUUGCAGACUUGUAAAUAUGUGAAUGUGUUUUCCUUUUUAUGGAAGGUGUGAAUGCGCGUUUGAGGGGCGUUGACGUUGCCAUCAGACGCCCUGCCUGUCAAAGAGCACAGAUCUUUAUAUGUAGAUAGAUGAAUUUGUAUUGAUUUUAUUCAUGUCUGCCAAGGAUUUAAUAAGGAAAAAACAAUUUUGGCACAACAGGAGUGUGUGUGCCAAACAUGAAAACAAAACUCAUGGCAGCUCCAAAACUUUCCAGACCACUCUUUAUACCGGCACUCUUCCGCCUUCAGAUUCCUCCGCUCACAGUUCAGAACAUGACGUGAGUUUAACCUCACAUUCUCCAUCUUCUCCCUUCUGGUUUUCCUCUCUCUCUCUCUCUCUCCACUGCCUCCCCUCCACGUACCUGCUGUGGUCCCAACAGUGCACGUACUGUAUGUUUGAUUUGCCAUGUGUGCAUUAAGGUCAGUAGUUUGUAGUUGGCGAUGGAAAAGGAGGUGCCUUCUUCUUGUGAACGCGAACACAGGCCUGCUCCUUUGUACAGGUGUGAAUACAUUCUUUAUUUUCUCUGUAUGAACGCAUUCACAGGUGGUCUCUGGGUCUAUUCCUCUGAUGUACUGUUCUUUUUUCUAAACAUAUCUGGGUUUCAGUCUCCCCUCGUCUUCGUCAUGAGCACUCUGAACCACACGAAGCCUUUUUCUGUACACAGAGUGAAGAGGGUCAAAUAAAGCUGAUAGAAACCCACCUGUAUCAUUUUGGACUGUAAAGACCAUUUUUAGAUAAAAGCAUGGGUACCAAGUCUGCGUUUUACCCUGUAGAAUCUCUAGAAUACUGAAUGUAUGUACCCUGUUGUUUUGCACCUUUCCAGCUUAAAUGCAUUUAGAAGAACCCCUGCUGUCCGUCACAGCCCUGAUGAUGCAACAUUUUUCCUCUCGGAGAGAAGUGUUAAUGUCAUAUUUGUGUCUCUCACUAAGGGGUGUCUCCCUUGUUCUUUAUGGAACUCAAAUACUGUUUGUUAUUAAACGAGGGGGAAACGA